AUGGGAGGAUCCUGGAUUACGCUGACCUUGGCAAUGUGCCUGAUGACAAUCAUUCUGCUGCUGGCAGUGCGACGGGGGAAAUUUUUGUAUGCUCUACGGAAAGUGCCUUACCCUCCAGCAUUUCCUAUCAUCGGGAAUGCUUAUCAGCUGUGCUGCAGCCCGGAACAAGCCUUUAAAAAGAUGAUCAAAUGGGGAAAGGAAUUGGGGGAUCUCUACCUGAUUUGGGUAGGCAUGCGUCCCUUUAUCUUCCUCUAUAAAGCAGAAGCGAUACAACCAUUGCUGAGCAGCAGUGUUCACAUUGACAAAAGUCUAGAAUACGAGUAUCUGCAACCUUGGCUUGGUACCGGCUUGGUGACUAGCACUGGUGACAAGUGGCAUUUUCGAAGAAAAUUAUUAACACCAACGUUUCACAGUGGUCUUCUAGAGGUGUACUUAAAAACAGCAAUUAGAGAAGCCACGAUAUUAAUUUCCUGUCUGAGAAAAGAAGUCGGAAAACCCUCUUUCGAUAUAGUCCCCUACGCAAAACGAGCCACACUAGACAUAAUAUGCGACAGUUCCAUGGGAUGCCACGUUAACGCACAAACGGAUUUCAAGAACGAAUACGUGCAGGCUGUGAAUAUACUAGCUUCUAUUUCCCAAAGAAGAUUUCUAAACGUCUGGAUGGCUUUCGAGCCGAUUUUCAAAUUAACAACAUGGGGAAAACAGCACGACCACGCAUUACGAGUUACUCAUGGUUUCGUUAACAAAAUAAUCGCAGAAAGAAAAGCUGAAUGGAAAACAAAAAAAGAUGGAAAUUUUAACGAACGGAUUACUAAGUAUCAGGCUUUAUUAGAUUUAUUGCUAGAUCUAUCGCAAGAUGGUGAAGUGCUAACCGAUGACGACAUUCGGGACGAGGUGAAUACAUUCAUGUUCGCGGGUCACGAUACAACAGCAACUAGCGUGUCUUGGAUCCUGUAUGCAUUAGGACGACAUCCACAGUACCAGGACAAAAUUCUUGACGAGUAUAAUAGUGUGGCCGGUACAAAGGAAUUAUCAUUAGAUAUAUUAAAUAAACUGACAUGGUUGGAAGCAUGCAUAAAAGAAUCUUGGAGAGUCUAUCCAGUGGCACCGCUUAUUGCAAGGCAAAUCUAUAACCCUAUUACUAUAUUGGGACACGACAUUCCGAUAGGGUCUACUGUUAUCGUCAAUUCGUUUCUUCUUCAUCGUGAUCCUCGAUAUUUUCCAGAACCAGAUACUUAUCGACCAGAACGAUUCCUUCCGGAUGGACCAAAGUACCCCUCUUAUGCUUUUAUACCGUUCAGUGCUGGAUCACGGAAUUGCAUAGGAUGGAAAUACGCUACGAUGAUAGUGAAAGUGCUUAUUCUUUUCAUGUUAAGAAAUUUCCGUGUAGAAGCAUUAGAUACUGAAGACCAGCUUCGUUUCAUUAGCGAACUGGUACUGCAUAAUGCUGACGGACUGCGUCUAAAAAUAAGCCCAAGAAAGCUGGAAACUUCAACUUGAAUUGUUUAACGGAGUACGCAUGGCCUAUUCGACUCGCGGUUUUAAUGAACUUGUACAAAUGUUAUGAAGGUGACUCCAAUUGGGUUGCGACUAAGAGAGAACUAUAAUGGUAUAUAUUAUUCACUGCAGUUAAGAGUGGAAUAAAACACAACAACAAUAGAGGCGCAUGAAGCUCAUCUCCUCCAUUCUUCCAAACAAACAUACGUAUUGAAUUCCUGUGCAUUCAAAUU